UGAAUAUACCUCCUUUUAUUCCCUCCCCUGCCUCCCCCACCCUCCCGCGUGCCGCUGGACGUCAUGAGCAUAGUAAUCGCGCUGGGAGUCACCACACCUGAAACCUCGUACUCCGAUAUGGCUGCUGGAUCCGACCCUGAGUCAGUGGAAGCAAGUCCUGCGGUGAAUGAGAAGAACUACAACAGCCACAGCUGUGGGAGUGCACAGAGCCAUGGGUACCGGGGCCUGCCCUAUACGUCUUCCGUUGUGUGUUGUCAGGAUCACAACUAUGGCGCUCCCCCUCCUCCCACCCCACCCGCCUCCCCGCUCUCCCAAACCAUCAUUCCCCGCAUGGAGCUCAACGGCGGUGUGGCUCAUGGCCAUGGCUUCCGCCGGCGCGCCGGCACCGAGGACCACUCUGCGGACAGCGACAGCUCGUCCUCUGAGGACCCUGAGAGCUGGUGUCGCUGCACCCUGACCUCCGACGGCCAGCUCAACAAGUGCCACAACUGCAGGGGCGUGUACUGGAGGAAAGCACCCGACGGCCAGCACAGGAAGCCAGAGAAUAUAUCCGUGGGGGAGAGCAGCGCAACGGAGAGCGGAGAUGAGGAAGUGUCUCCGGCCAGCGUGUCGUACACGGCCACGCAGCACACGCCGACCAGCAUCACGCUCACCGUCAACCGCAUCAAGAGGAACAAGUCCAAGAAGAGGAAGAAGAGCACCGAGAAGGCUCGCGGGACGCCCAAGAGCAAGAAGGUCAAGGCCUUCAGAGAGGGUUCUAGAAAGUCCAUGAGGAUGAAGAACUCGACCACAGAGGCCAACGUGUUGGACGAGAACACUGCAGAGGGCUGGGAGACCAAGAUCCGCCAGUGGACGGACCAGUACGACGAGGCCCACGCCAACCAGUAUAGUGCAGACGUCAAGACGCUUCUUGAGUCGCACUGCGGAGCAGAGACAAAGACGGAGAGCGUUGCCACAGCAACCGCACAACAGUCGAAGAUCAACACGACGACGACGGCGACGACCCAUCUCAGUGUUGACGUGGACAGCAUCGACCACACAGAGCCAGCUAGCAACAACGCAGUGUUGAGCUCCCAGAUGCAGCUCCAGCUGGGCCGUGUUACGCGGGUGCAAAAGCACAGGAAGACUUUGAGGGCGUCUAAGAACAUGGACCCUGGCACUCUGAUCAUAGAGUACCGGGGAAAGGUCAUGCUCAAACAACAGUUUGAGGUCAACGGGCACUUUUUCAAGAAACCCUACCCGUUUGUGCUGUUCUACUCCAAGUUUGACCAAGUGGAUAUGUGUGUGGACGCGCGGACUUUUGGCAACGACGCCCGCUUCAUCAGGAGGUCGUGCACGCCUAAUGCCGAGGUUCGGCAUGUGAUGGCAGAAGGAAUGCUGCACCUUUGUAUACACGCCCUCGGGCACAUCACCAAGGAUGCCGAAGUCACCAUCGCAUUCGACUACGAGUUCCACAGCUGCAACUACAAAGUGGACUGCGCCUGCCACAAGGGCAACCAGAGCUGCCCUGUGCAGAAGCACAACCUCCGCCCCAAGGAGGACCCGUCGUGUACCCCCUCUGCCCCUUCUUCACUGACCGGGGCUGAGACCCGACAGCGCAAAGCCCGCAAGAAGGAGCGGGGCGAAGGCCCCGCCACAGGGGCUACCUCCGACGAGGGCAGCCAGCAGCCGGAGGCCGGAGAGCUGCAUGCAGCCAGCGACACAGAGGACGGGCUCCAGGAUGAGAUGAAGCAGGAAGAGGCAGAGGAGGGAGAAGUGGACGAGAAUGGCCUCAUCAGCUCCAGCAAAAAGGCGUUUGACAGCAUGGAGAAACGACGGCGAGCGAUGGGAGCGGAGGACCCUAAGGAGGAGUGUUUGGACCCCGCGGACGGAGCAGUGAACCCCUCUACUGGAAGCACAGCAGCCGUGUGCAUCAGCACCCGACGGGCCACCUACGUUAUGGAACUGCCCCAAAACGAGCCAGAAAAGGCACCGACAUCCUCGGCCCCUGGCCUCGCCGCUCCGACUAAGCCCCCGCCGGCCCGUUCCAGCAAGCCCCGUUCCAAGAGCCGCAUCUCGCGGUACCGCUCCAGUUCUUCGCAGCGCGCCCGUCGCCAGAGGCAGGCCCUGGCCCAGCAGGCCGCCGCCGCCGCCGCCGCUGCCGCCGCCGCCACCGCCACCACGGACCAGACAGCAGUGCCAGAGGAAGAGGGGCUCCACGGACCGUUCAACACAGAGCUCAGUGCGGGGGAGUGCGGCCUGGGGGCCGGCCAUCUCCUGGACCCUGAGGUCUGCCUCAACAGAGGCACCCUGCGCUACCCAAAGACAAAAAAGUACCUGGUGACGGAGUGGCUGAACGACAAAGGACCCACUGGGGAGAAGAUCCAGCCGGACGUUCCCUCGGAUGGGCCGCUGCGCAUCACCACAGACCCCACGGUGCUGGCCACCACCCUCAACAUGCUGCCAGGCCUGUCCCACACCUCCUACAUCUGCACCGCGCCCAAACACUACGUCCGCUUCGGCUCACCCUUCAACCCGGAGCGCCACCGCCCGCGGCCGCUGCAAAUGGAUGGCACCUAUGGCUGCUACAAGAAGCGCUGGAUCAAGCAGGCAGAGGACGAGAGCUGCUCAGCCAGCCUGGAGGACGGCUCGGAGUCCACCUCGUCACACCAAAGCACCAGCAGCAGAUCCACGCCCAACCCCACGUCUCACGAGCUCCUGGCCCCCUUUAAGAAGCGCCGGGCCAAGUACGCCGCCGUGCCGCUCCCCAUGCAGCACCUGUCCCGCCCGCUGUCGCCAAUCACACCGCCGCUGCCCGAAGACCCUCUGCACCCCCUGAUGGGUCUGCCCUGUGGCCCACUGCUGCUGCCCAGCAGCCUGGGCUACUCGCCCAUCCCCUCGCUGCCAACCAGCCGCUGCAACACGCCCCUGCAGUUUGAGAACAUAUCGUCCCCAGAGGCCUCUCCCGUACAUCGGCCUGAGUCCAUAUCUCCUGAGCCCUGCUUGCGGAGCGACGCCGACGGACCGCAACUCCUCUUCCAGGACCUCUCGCUGCCCUCCAGCUCCGGCAGCCCCGCGCCCGCCUCAGAGGACUUUUCUCUCCCCGGGGGGCCCUACGGAAACGAUUCCCAGGGCCUCCCUGCGUCGGGGGGCCUUGCGCCGCCGUCCUGCCCCCCCUCGGACCUUGCCCCCCCGCCUCCGGGCCGCGACCCGGCGUUCAGGACAGAGUUCAACCUCAUAUACACGUGCUCCCCGCUCAACGCCAACCUGGCCACGGUGGGGAACGGCGAGCAGCGCCCCUCCCGGUCCGAGGGCCGCUUCUCCCCGCCGGAGCCUUCCUUUGGGGGCGCAGGCAUCCAGGGCCCCCCUGGAGAGCCAGGCUGCAUGUCCCCCUAUGGCGAGUCUCACUACAGUGCUGGGGACCUCUACAGCGAGAGCAACUACGGUGCUGGGGACCUAGGCGGCACGUCUCCCCACACUGGCCACCAACCAGUGAAGAAGAAGGUGUCUCUGCUGGAGUACCGCAAGAGGAAGCAGGGCAGCGGCCGCGAGCCUGACCCGGGCAGCUCCUCCUCUUCCUCCCUGGCGGUUGUCCUGGGCAACCAACCUGGUUUCCACUACAGCCAGGAUCCCUAUCAUCCUCCGCCUCCUGCCCACCCCCAUCACCACCUCCAGCCCGCCGCGUCCCCGCUGAGCUCCUUCUCCUCCCCUGCCCACGCCUCUUCCUCCUCCACCCCCCACGUAGAGGAGGUCAGCCCUCCGCAGCACAGCCCCAGCCACUGGAUGGUCCCCACCAGUGUGGAGCGGCUCCGGGAGGGCCAAGGGGUGCUGGAGCGUGUGCUGCGGGGUGGCAUGAAGGUGGACCGCAUCCUGAAGAAGACCGACGGUGACAAGGAAGCCGAUGGAUACGAGCCGCAGGGGCCACGGGGCUCUCCCAGCAGGAGCCCAGCCCGCUACAGUCCCUCCGUGUUCUCCCAGCAGUCGUGUGAGGGCCAGCGGCAGAUGGACAGCCCCUCGUUCCACCAGCAGAGCAGCCCCUCGCCCUUCUCCGGCUCCUACAGUCCGUCGUCGGGCCAGAGCUUCUACUCCCGCCUCUCCCAGGACCACCCCCCUUCGUCCUACCCCGGGCACCACCACCCCUCCUCGUGGUCGGACCCCCUGCCGCCAGGCGGGGCUCUACACCAGCAGAGCAACAGCAGCUGCAGCAGCAGCCACCUGAAAGCCAGCCUGCUGAGCAGCAGCAGCGCGGUGGGGUCAACCACCCCGGGUUCCAGGGGCAGUGGGCAGGCAAAAACUGACCUGGCCUCCCAGGCCUGUAGACUUAUUCAGCAACAGCAGGGGGCGCUGCAGGCGGGCGCCCGGCUGUUGACGUCGUCCCCCUCAGGGGCCCCACACUACCCACCACGCCAUGGGGCCACACCCUCCCUCGCCCAGUUCCAGCACCCGCCGCUGCAGGGCUCUGGCGUACGGACCCAGUCUGGAAGCUUUUAGUGUGUGUGUGUGUGUGUGUGUGUGUGUGUGUGUGUGUGUGGCUCCUCAGGAAGGUGGUGGAGGGGUGGAUGUACAGAUCUAAGAGGACUUAUCAUGGCGUUUAUUUUCUUACGGUGUGUGUCAUGUUAAAUGUAUGAUGCGUCCUGCACAGAGCUCCUCACUGACCAGACUGAAAAGGAAUCAGUGCCAAGAGCCAGUUUAAAAAAAAAAGAAAGAAAAAAAAAAGACCUUUGGAAAAAAGAAAUCAGCGUGUAACUUGAAAUCCCCCUCCAGUGUCCCCCCCCCUCCCCCUUCGGGGCGCACGCUACGUUAAGGCCCAAAAAGUGAAAACAAAUCAACAAAAACACAACAAGCUAGAUUCUUGUACAAAGUUGUGAAAGACGGUUCGAGCCGUGUUCCUGCUCCUGGGUCACGGCCCCCUGGGUCCUGAGAAGGCUUCUGGGGCUUUGAUUCCCUUCAUUUGUUCUUCAUUAGUGGACUUCUCUUUGAUUUGCCCGCCAGUUUCCCCUACAGUAAAGACGCUGCUUCAUUGGGGAAGGCGGGCAGAGGUCAAACGAGGAAAGGAGAUACGAUCAUUCCAUGGGAUCGUCACACAUCUGAAGCCCUUUCCCUCAUAUUCCCUCUGGGUUUCUCACAACCUGAAUGUCGCUUCACUUCAGUGCUUUGUUUCCACUGUAACAUGUUUGUGAACAGAUGCGGAGCCCUCCCCCUCUGUCAUCUUGGUGCUGCAGCCUUGUUUGUGUUGGGUUUGAGUGUCCCGUUCUUUGGUGUGUUUUAUUUUCUCCAGUGAUGGAGGCUCGACCCUUUCACAGUUGUUCUUCCCGCCAAAUCGUGUACUGUUCAUAACAGCCCUAUUCUAUGUUGGAAUGCAGGCGCAAAUGAGAAUCUGACCUUAUUUCUUUUACUAUUUUGUUGGGUUUAUCUCAUUGUAUUUCUUUGAAUCCUUUUGGAUUUUUUACAUAUAAAUAUGAUUUCUUUUUUUUUUUAAACAAGAAAUUAUCCUUUCUGACAGAUCUGUGCAUUCCGUAUACCAACAAAGAGAUGCGGAUGAGUUCUCUGGGAUGGUUUGGAUUAUAUAUAUAUAUAUAUAUAUAUAUAUAUAUAUAUAUAAGAAAAAAAUGCUGCUGUGGUCUCGUUUUUACGCAAGAGCUGCUUCAUCACGUUUUUCCGUUUCCAGGAAAUGCUGUAAUCAGUUUCAUGUUUUCUACAAGUGUCCCCCACCUGGGUCGAAGGUCAUUGAAUACCUCACCCCCACCUGGGUCCUGGGUGUGAAGACAGUUGGAAGACCACUCCCCUAUCUGGGUCCUGGGUUAGAAAACCGUUGGAAGACCACUCCCCUAUCUGGGUCCUGGGUUAGAAAACCGUUGGAAGACCACUCCCCUAUCUGGGUCCUGGGUUAGAAAACCGUUGGAAGACCACUCCCCUAUCUGGGUCCUGGGUUAGAAAACCGUUGGAAGACCACUCCCCUAUCUGGGUCCUGGGUUAGAAAACCGUUGAAGACGUUGUUUUCUGUGUGGUCUCCGUUCCCCGACCUCACAAGAACGAGAAACCUUCAGUACAUCCGCUGUGGACCGGAUCUUCUACAGGUUUAACAUUUGAUAGGCCAACAGCGCACACAUACACAAACACACUGGGUCGGCCUUAGAGGCACACACACCAGACCUCCCCCAUCCCUCCACUCAGACCCUCAGACCCAUGGAUACUGAAUGUUGGACAAAGUGAUCUGACCCAAAAUUAACCAGCACCUUAAACUGAAUCAGACACCAUACAACCAGUGUGUAUGAAUACAUGUACUACUUUGUAAAGAGAACUGUAGGGACUGGGGGGUGACUGGUACACUUAUUGUGAAAUGCAUGAUCUAUUUGUUUUAGGGUCCAAGUUGCGAUGUGGUGGAAAUUCAUUACCUGGACUUGUUCUUCUGGCCGGUUUCUGGACGUCCCCCAGAGGAACGAAUUAAACAGCGCUGCAUUAUGGUGUUCAUGGACACUUAUUCAAGCCUUCUUUUCCCGUUGGUUUCUUUGCAGAGCGUUAAUCCCCCCCCACACACACAAACACACACACCCAUCCCUUCUGAAGAGUACAGGAGCAAAAGAGAUGUAAUGCAUUUUGAUAAUAAAAUACUUAUGAUGGGAAAUGUAUUUUGGAAAGAAAACAAAAACUGCAACUGUUUCAUCUUCUAUCCCGUACACAAACACACUUCACGGCAAUGCAAUGUUCUAUUUAUUGAUAAGAUAGUUUCAUCGAUUUAUACAUAACAGCGUGAUUGAUUCAAAUAUGCAAUAUCUCCUACCAGUGGCCGCUUCCAUUACGAUGCAGCUCCAGCCAAUAGAAUCGAGCAGGUUCACAUGCAUAAACUAGAAUUUUUACUUUGAAGCGAGCCUGACCCUUAACGUGUAACAUAUUAUGGUUUAGCAGAAAUGUGAGAUCGUUUUUGUUUUACCCUUCAGUCAAAUGUUUUCCUAAACUAAAUUUGAUGAAUUAAGUGUAGAACAACACUCGUGAAGCCCACAAGAGCGGGCGUCUGCUGAUCUCGAGAUCAGAUCUGUCGGUACUGGACAUAUAACGGUAGCUCUUCUCAUUAUUUUUUACAUUGGCUUUAUUUUAUAUAUUAUUUACAUAUUUAUAUUUCAACAAAUAAUGGCAGUGACGAUUAUUUUACCUUGAACCGUUCUCCACAAUGGACCAUGCAUUAACAUCCCAGUGCUCAACCGCACAAGUGGUGCUGAAGGGCAGCAGAGGAUUCUGUAGGUAUGGAGGGGGAGGGGAAGACCACUGGAAACUCGUACUCUUCAAAUCUAUUUAUGGCAGUACAGUAUCUGACCUUUGACAGAUUCGCUCUUUUUCCAUGGCUCCACAAAAUGUGGUUGCUAAUGGUGCGUUCACAUCGCUGGAAAUUAUGGGGGGGAAAUGUUCGCGUAUUUGUGAACAAAACCUCAUGACGCUCUUAUGAUUCUACUUCCGUUCGGUAACUAGGGCCAGAUUUUGAUAACAGAGUAGGCCAGUUGGUGACGUAUGGUUUACUAGUGACGCUCAAGAAAAAUGGCGGAACAUGACCGUUUUACUCAAUAUAAAAUAAUCAACCAUAUCAUACUUUACUAUUGUUUGACGUAACCGUCUAUCGGCAUCGACCUUGCUCAGUUUUAAACGUUGUGUACUGGUAAACCAGCUCUAGAUAAAGGCAGGUGUUGCCCUCGAUACAGUGGCAGUACUGUAUGUGCUUCUCAUAAAUAAAAGCAAAAGGAUAGUAUGGGUUAAAAAAUAAAAAAACAUUUUUUCUUUAUGGAUUAUUACACGGGUCUUCUCAAUGCCGUGGAACGCUCAAUUCACUUGCAUGGGCUCUUCACAAUUUCCGGCACCGUUGCCAAGUGUAAUGGACCGCUGUCAUGGAAAUGAUGAUGAUUUCUUUGGUUAUGUCACGUUAAAAUUGUACCGGGGGCGAAAAUUGUACCGGCCUACGUCAUCGUUUGUUUACAUCCUGACAACCUGACAACCUGCCCUGCAACAGACGACGCGAUGCAGAAAACAUGUUUCCAAACGACGAAAUAACAUAAUACAGAUAGCGGAUCGCUAUCUGAAUUAUGAUAGAUAGCGAUAACACUUGUUUUUACUUUAUAUUUGUAUUGUAUUUAAUUGUUUAAUCGAAACAAUAAAGAAAAUUGCCCGCGAAACGGGCGAUCGCGUCAAAUGACGCGUCAAAUCACGUUGGAAGGUUCUUGAACAUUCUAGACUAUGAAACCUGCUUAAAACACUCAGUUUACUAGCUAAAUUCGAUUAAACAAUUCAAUACAAUACAAAUAUAAAGUAAAAACAAGUGUUUUCUAGCGAUCCGUUAUCUGUAUUAUGUUUCAAGAACCCUCCUACGUCAUUUGACGCGAUCGCCCGUUUCGCGGGCAAAACAUUGUCAUUUGACGCCAUCGCCCGUUUCGCGGGCAUUUUUUUUUACUGUUUCGAUUAAACAAUUAAAUACAAUACAAAUAUAAAGUAAAAACAAGUGUUAUCGCUAUCUAUCAUAAUACAGAUAGCGAUCCGCUAUCUGUAUUAUGUUAUUUCGUCGUUUGGAAACAUGUUUUCUGCAUCGCGUCGUCUGUUGCAGGGCAGGUUGUCAGGAUGUAAACAAACGAUGACGUAGGCCGGUACAAUUUUCGCCCCCGGUACAAUUUUAACGUGACAGUUACACUCCUCAAGUAGUCUGGUAACUUUUCAACCCCAGUGUCUUUGGUUGCUAAGCAACGUCUUUGGCGGACUAUUUUCUCUGCUGAUCAACACUAGGAAUGCUGGUGGUAACAAAUAAAUUGUAAAAAGACACCAUGUGAAGUAAUUUUUUCGAUUUGCCACGUAGCCGUGUAAUAACCGGGAUAAUGUAUAGAACGUCGCCGGUCAUUAUUCGAAAUGAACCCCCUUCAGUGGGAAGCAAGACAACUUUGCUGCGUGUCGGUGUCCUGUUCGCCCUGUCGGGGCUUAUUUUCCCGAUAAUGAACGCCAUUCUAUAGCUGUCAAUUAUUUUUGUUUAUUACACGGCUCUUCUCAAUGCAGUGGAAUGCUCACGUCCACCAUAUUGACCGCUGUCAAGGAAAGUGGUUUUUUUUGCCUCUGAUUCACGUAAUCUGUAUCACUCCGCAGUCCGGUAACUUCAACCCCAGCGUAUUCGGUUGCUAAGCGAAGAAAAAUUUCUCUGCUGAUCAACGCUACGAAUGAUAACAAAUAUUCGUAGCGUUGAUCACAAAUUCGUUUCGGACUUGCCAAAACGAAAAAAUAACUUUACCAGCAUUCGUAGUGUUGAUCAGCAGAGAAGUAAUUUGUCCGCAAAGACGGUGACGUCGCUUAGCAACGCAAGACGCUGGGUUGACAAGUCACCGGACUACUACCCAUGCAAGUGAACGGAGCAUUCCACGGCAUUGAGAAGACCCGUGUAAUAAAGGCCCAUAAUAUUUCUGUUUAUGGCAUAGAUUUCUCCUCAGAUUAGGCCAAUAAACCAAUGAUACAAAUAGAAAUAAAAACGCUCGAUCAAAGGCCCGGCCCGAGGAUAGUAUCGGGAAAUAUCGGUCCGGCACGGCCCGCGGGUCGGGUCGGGUCGGGCUCGGGCAGAGAAUCUAAACUCUACUUAGCCAUAUGUCACGUUGUCAACGUUGGAUAUAUGGAGCAGAACAUAGUGGGUCAUGUGUCUGAUGCUUUUUGGAAAGGUAUUCUUCAUAUAACGUACCAGACAGAUUUUGUAUACAUUUUAUUCCUUAGUAAUUAGCUACAUCGGUAUGCCGUCUUUCAGCCUUUCAUUACCGGUGUUACACCGAAUUCUGCGACCCACCGAAAAGUGUGACCCCAGGGGGCACUGUUGCACAUUUUCUGCAACAUGUACGUGUGCAUUAUAACAAAAACAUAAAAACAUAAGAUCUCCUGUGGGUCUUUCUUUUCUUGAUACUAACAUUAAUUCUAAACAGCAUUUUACACAAUAGCCGAUAAUAGGAAAUGCUCAAAGGCAGUGGUGUGCACAGACAUUUUGGGGGGCAGGUGCUCAGGGAAAAAUAAGGCCACAUUAAAGUGUCAUUUCGAAGUGAAGAGUGAUCAUUACCACUUUUCUAAAGCACCAUCCUCCUCAGUGCCAUGUCUUGAUGUUGAUGACCUCACUAUGAUUGAUCUUGAUAUAUUUUUCUAUAGCAAGCAGGAGAAGGUCAGAGAGCCGUUCUUCUCCAC